UUUGAGACCGACGACGUCGACUGCUUGAGUUGUACAUCUCUGCACGUCUACGCAGUGCGAAAGUGGGAUAUGUUUAACUAAAUAUGUAGACAAACAGCCGUUAUUUUGUGCUGCUCGACUCGGCCGAUUCAAACUCAACCAAAACUUUUUAUUUUCGACUUACAUUUCUUUGUCAUAAAACGAUUACUGCAAGUAGUACAUUUCGGCGGCUCGUUUAAAAAAUGGAGCUUAUAAUAAACUCAGGAGCCAAAUAUGCCAAGCUAUUAAUGCCUAGAAUCCAGCAGUCGACAUCAAAAUUCUUGCCAGCGAUACAUCAUGUGCAAAUUUGCUCUGCCAGUGAGCAGAUGCAAUUUUCAGAUUACCAUAGGUACCGUCAUUGUCAAUCAAAUGUUCAUUGCAAUUUGAAGAAUCUAGGAUUACUAGAUUUACCAAAACUGAAUGUAUGUAAAUAUGAACUGAGUGCAGUUAAAUAUAGCACAUCAACUAAGCCUGAGAGCUCAACAAAGGAUGCAACAUGUGAGAAAGUGUGUCAUGAGCCUCCAGCUGCUGCAAAGCCAUCAAUAUUUCAAAAAAUGAAACAAUUAGGAAAAGACUAUUGGCAUAUUCUUAUACCUGUACAUGUUGUAACAUCUAUUGGAUGGGCAUCCAUCUUUUAUAUUGCAGCUAAAAAUGGAGUCGACAUUGUUGGCAUUUUGGAAUACUUAAAAUUGAGUGAAGAAUAUUUAGAGAAGAUACGAGGGUCCAGUGCUGGUCAUUGGGCUGUUACUUAUGCUUUAUACAAGGUAUUCACACCAGUCAGAUAUACGGUUACUGUUGGAGGCACAACUAUGUGUAUAAGAUACUUGAAUAAAUGGGGAUACAUGAAAUCAAGUGAACUUGUAGAGUACGCAAAAGCCAAAAAGGCUAGUGUAGUCGAAAGGAGAAAUCUGAAGAAACAGUCAAAAUCGUAGCAUAGACUGUAGUAGACUCUGAACUUUAUGAAGAACAGAGCUAACAUGCUGUAAAAAUGAAGUAUGUAUCAAACAAGCAAGUGUGAACUGCUUUAACUAAUAAUGGCUAUGUCAUUCAAGAUUUUAUAUAACUAUGUUCCAAUGAACUGUUGAAUUUAGUUUUUGAAAUGUAUAUGUAGAUAAGAAAAAUGUACAUAAGUCCUCUAUAUUUUCCAUUUUUAUUGAUGUUUGUAAGUAAUGGAUAAAUUGCAGUGUUCGAGUGCAAUAUAAGCUAUUAAAAUUAUAAACUUAAUCAGGCUUAAGGACUGUUUGUUAAAUAAAAACCCUUACAAACUA